AUGAAUCUUAUUUCAAAUCGGUACCAGCCAAUAAACCUGCAUGACGCAAAUACUGAGGUUGUGAACACUGCCAAGGUUGGUACAGCAACACAAGCGCACACAGGAAAUCCAGUGUGUUGCAGCAGAUUUUACGAUGCUGUAUAUUUAACACUCGAAAUUGUCUACGCUUGCAUGGGCUCCUGUGAAUCAAUAGAGUCAAAAGCUUCUCGCGAAGCUGCAAUAAUCUCGAAGAAGAUUGAUAAGGAACUGGAAAGGAAGAACAAUGGCAACAUGGAACAAAAGUUGUUGUUGCUUGGUCCCGGCGAGAGCGGAAAAAGCACCUGUUUAAAGCAGCUGAAAAUUAUGCAUGCUAACGGCUACUCGGAGCAGGAAAUACAGGAGAAGAAAUUUGUUGUUUACAUGAACAUCGUGCAAUCGAUGGCGGCCCUCUUGGAUGCAAUGGAAACUCUAGGAAUUGCGUUUGACAACAAUUCUAUGGAGAUUCACGGGAAGCUUGUGCGCAAAGUUCAUGCUUCUGGUUGCGAAUUUAUCGAAUGGGGACCAGAACUUCGAUCCGCCGUCAAAGAACUGUGGGCUGAUAGUGGCGUCAGGAAAACAUAUUCACUGAGGAGUUCCUUUCACAUCAGUGAAAGUGCAGAAUAUUUCUUCAAUGACUUGGAUCGAAUUUCCAAAAAGAACUAUAAGCCAUCAAUACAGGAUAUACUUCACACAAGAAUUCCCACUUCUGGUGUAGUACAAUUUUACUUUACCAUGAAAGGAAUCAAUUUUGAGGUAUUCGAUGUAGGAGGACAACGGUCCGAACGGAGAAAAUGGAUACAUUGCUUUGAUAACGUCAAUGCCGUCAUUUAUGUAGCGGCAAUCAGCGAGUAUGACCAAGUGCUGCGUGAAGAUAACAAAACACGGAGCGUGAUGGUACUGGCUAUGCGCCUUCUAUCGCAUAUAUUCGACGACGUUUCGAAAAUGCUCUAA